AUGGGUAAUUGUAUGGCAUUUAUAAAUUAUUCAAAAUUAAAAAAAAAAAAAAAUACAUUUACAAAUUUGGAUUUAUAUCUUGAAGAUGCGUACGAUUCAGAUAGUAGUGAUCCAUAUAAAAAGAAAAUUCGAAAAAAUAAAAUAAAUAACAACAUUAAUGCUAAUAGUAGUAACGGAAUAACGACUAGUAAUGAUAUAAAUAAUUCAGACGACCAAAAAUGUAGUCAUAAUGCAAAAGGAAAUAUUCCUCUUAGUUAUGAAAAUAGUGAAAUUGAAAAUUAUGUUCAACAUAAUAAUAGUGAAAAUGAGCUUAAAGAAAAAGACACCAAAGAUAAUAACAAUACCGAAAAUGGUAAAAAUACGCAAUCAUGUAAAUCUAUAAAUUCACAAACCCACAGUGAUUCCAUAUCUUGUAAUUGUGAGAUGAAUAAACCAAGUCAAUUAUAUGACAAAAGUGUAGCACCCACAAAUAUAACAACUAUAAUUAGUCCAAAGGUUCCAAAAAAAAAACCAAAACAAAAUGUUUUGAACAUAAACUAUAGCAAUAUGUUAUUAAGUGACAUACGAGAUACUGAUAUUAUUGUUACUUUUUUAUUUAGUCUCUUCCUUUAUUUUAAUGCUAACAAUAUAGUUGAUAUGUUAGAUAGAAAUAAAAGAGAAAGAUAUGCAUUAAAAAAUCCAUUAAAUAUUAAUCAUGAUGUUAUAAAAUUUCCAACUUUUCCAAAAGAAAUCAUCGAUAAUUUUUUAAAAAAUGAUUUCACAUUAUUAAAAAAAUAUAUAAAAAAUAAAUGUAAUAAAUUAAAAAAAAAAUAUAAAACGAAUUUAGAAAAUGUAAAUAAUGAAAAAGACGAAAAAAAUGGAAAGAAAAAUUUUAAAUAUGAAUUAAAAAUAAAAAAAGAAAAAUGCUCAUUUUCAAAAAUCGUAGAAUCUGUUGAUAGAAAUGAAUCGACAUAUAGAGAUAUUACGGAAGUACUAUAUGAUCAAAAUAUACCAGAUAUCAAAAUCACAUUUGUUGUUAUGGGGGCAUAUUGUUUUUAUCAAAAAAAUGUGAAACCAUUUCAAGAUAAAAAUACAUUCUUUUAUAAGUCGCCAUCAUAUUCAUGUGAUGCAGAAAUAUCGGUAGCAUGCAAAAAAGGAAGAAAACUAGAUUUUCCCAAUCAAGAUGAUUUUACAAUAAUUCAAACAAACGAAUGGAUUUUAAUUAUGGUAUUUGAUGGUCAUGGUCCAUCAGGGCAUGAUAUAAGUAAUUUUUCCCAUGUUGUUCUUCCAUUAAUAUUUUCAUAUAAUAUCGAACGAAUAUUUGAAAACCCUGUGCGCACAAUGAAAACAAUAUUUUAUAUGAUAAAUUGUUAUUUAGUUAAUUAUUCAUAUUGUAUAAAUAAUAAUAUAAAUCCUAUCAAUAUUAAUUUUAUUGAUUAUAAUUUAAGUGGAACAACAUGCACUAUUAUUUUAUAUAAUUUUUUAACAAAAAAAAUAUACUCUGCUCAUACGGGUGAUAGUAGAGCAGUUAUGGGCAAACACGAUGCGAAAACUAAUACAUAUAGGGCAUAUAAUAUAACAGAAGAUCAUAAACCUUCUUUAAAAUUAGAAAAAGAUAGAAUUCAAGCAUUUGGUGGUGAAGUUAAAAAAUUACAAGGAGAUGUAUCAUAUAGAGUUUUUGUAAAAAAUGAAAUGUAUCCCGGUUUAGCUAUGAGUAGAGCUAUAGGGGAUAUUACCUCUUCGUUUAUUGGUGUCACUUGUGAGCCCACUAUUAAAAUUUUCGAUAAAUCAGAUGAAGAUAAAUUUAUUAUUGUUGCUACUGAUGGCAUAUGGGAAUUUAUAAGUAGUGAGGAAUGUGUCCAAAUGGUUUCGAGAAAACGAAAGAAAAAAGUUCAUGUUGCCAUGGAAGAAAUAAUUAAAGAGUCAUGGAGAAGAUGGGAACGAAUUGAUACCGUCGACGAUAUGACUCUUGCUAUUCUAUAUUUCUAA